AUGCUUUCUUGCUUAAAUCGGAUUGUUUCAGCUGUGCAAAGAAGAAUCGUCGAGCCGAACCUCUUCAGAACUAUUUCAACGACUGGAAGAAACAGAAUGGCUGCAAAUCAUGAAGCUGACGAGGUGGCGCUGAAGCGUCUAGGCAUCAAGGACCCAAAACAAGUCACCGAGCAACAAUGGAAAGAGGUUCUUCAACCUGAGGUGUACAACGUGACGCGAGAGGCGGGUACCGAACCGACUGGUGGACAUUACGACAAGUUCUUUAGCAAAGGACGCUAUGUGUGCAUUUGUUGCGGUGCCGAGUUGUUUAGUUCCGAGUCAAAGUACUGGUCGGGUUGUGGCUGGCCAGCGUUCUCCAAGUCAGUCGACGAAGAUUUCAACAUCAUACGGAUUCGCGACAACGCAUAUGGAAUGGAAAGAACGGAAGUUCGCUGUAAACAAUGUAACGCUCAUCUUGGACACGUGUUUGACGAUGGGCCGGUAGAAACUGGCGAACGGUACUGUAUCAAUUCCGUGAGCAUGAAAUUCGAACCAUUCUCCGAA